CCCCGGGGGCCCGGAGCAUGGGACCGCGUGCCUGAAGGAGCAAGGGUGAAGAGGGGGCCUGGGACCCCGAAAGGAAAAGAGGCGAGAAAAGGCACGAGAGCAGAGAAGGAAGAUGCAACUGACUCGCUGCUGCUUCGUGUUCCUAGUACAGGGCAGCCUCUAUCUGGUCAUCUGUGGCCAGGAUGAUGGUCCGCCUGGCUCGGAGGACCCUGAGCACAAUGACCAUGAGAGCCAGCCUCGGCCCCGGGUUCCUCGAAAGCGGGGCCACAUCUCACCUAAGUCUCGCCUUGUGGCCAAUUCCACCCUCCUAGGCCUGCUGGCUCCACCUGGGGAGACAUGGGGGGUCCUUGGGCAGCCCCCCAAUCGCCCAGUCCAUAGCCCCCAACCCUCCGCCAAGGUGAAGAAGAUCUUUGGCUGGGGGGACUUCUACUCUAACAUCAAGACAGUAGCCCUGAACCUGCUUGUCACAGGGAAGAUCGUGGACCAUGGCAACGGGACUUUCAGCGUCUACUUUCGACACAAUGCUACGGGCCAGGGCAACAUCUCCAUCAGCCUCGUACCCCCCAGCAAGGCUGUGGAGUUCCACCAGGAGCAGCAGAUCUUCAUCGAAGCCAAAGCCUCCAAGAUCUUCAAUUGCCGAAUGGAGUGGGAGAAGGUGGAACGGGGCCGCCGGACCUCGCUCUGCACCCACGACCCAGCCAAGACCUGCUCCCGAGACCACUCCCAAAGCUCAGCCACCUGGAGCUGCUCCCAGCCCUUCAAAGUCGUCUGCGUCUACAUUGCCUUCUACAGCACGGACUACCGGCUGGUGCAGAAGGUGUGCCCAGAUUACAACUACCAUAGUGAUACCCCCUACUAUCCUUCUGGGUGACGCUGGGCAGGCCACAGAGGCCAGGCCAGGGCUGGAAGGCAGGCCUGCCCAGGCAGGGAGCCAUCUGUGUCGACACUGGGCAGGGAGGGGGGUGGAGAAGAGGAGAUGCCAAGUGGGGCCAGGGCCAUAUCUCAAGUGGAGGGGAAGGGGUCCCAUAUGCCGGUCCCAACCUGAGGUUCUGGAGCGCCUAGAGCACAGGAGCAGCCUUCUGGGGCUUUCCACGCUGACAGACAGGAAGAUGCUAGUUCCAGGAGGCCUCUGGGACAAGACCAUUGUAGCCCCCAGCUAGUCAUGGAGAAGAGCCUAAGACCUUGGCUCCCUCCCUAACACUCUGAGAAAGGACAGUAACAAGAAGUGGGGGCACUUCUUCAGUGUGGAACCCAAGGGGACAACUAAUAAUGGCUGAGAACAGGAUUCCUGAGAGUCAGGGAUAGGGAGGGGGCAGGAAGAAUUCUUCAGCCCAGUCCAGUGGGCAGUGCUAAGCCCCUUGUCUUGAACUAGCACAGCAUGAGGCUGACAUGGUGGCCCUUGGGGUCUUUGAUGUCUCAACAAAUAAAUAGACCAUCUGCCUCUGGCUAUGCCACCCCUCUCCAAAAUUCCCUCUUCUGCCAGUGCUCCCCACUCACAUCCAGCCUCUUGCUGAAGGGACACCAGUCCUUGGGCUGAGAUAGAGGGCAAUCGUGGUCCUCCCAGCACCAGAGGCCACAAGUGGAAGCCCACGGGGGUGCCAUGUGUCCCUUCCCAACCCCACCCCCUGCUGGCUCCUCUGGGAGUUUCCUUGUCCCAGUGAGUGGUCCCUCAACAGUCAACCUUGCCCAUCAGACUGGGCUGCAGCCUCCUCACUCCCUGUGGGGCCUUUAGCAGCUUGGGUGAGCUGGACUGUGGGAAGGUACUGAAUCUGCUUUGUAGUGUCUGUCUGUGGGUGGGGGGAGGGGAGGGGAAAUCUUGUGACAUUGCCUUGGUUGUUGACUUCUGUUUGCAGAAUCUUGUUCCUGGAUCAGGGAAUAAAGCUUUCCCGGGAUGUUAGAGUCUGAGUUGUCCAGGGGAAAGGGCCCACCUAUGCAUUCCUGGUGCAGGCAGCAUUUCUCAGACACAGCAGGACAGCUCCUGAAGACCAGAGUCACAGGGCCCCAACAGCUGUCAGAGCUGUGCUCACUGAGGGUUUCAGGCUCCCUCUCCAGUCCCCUUCCCAGGCUGUCAGAUCCAGCUCUGGAAAAGCCAAGUGAAUACAGUUUGGUACUGGUAGGGGGUAGGGUGGCAUCUGCAAGGACAGCUCUGGGAAGAAGAGCUGGCAGGAGGAAUGGGUCAAUUAAGGUGUUCCUUGUUGCCCUCCAUGAAUUGCCAUCCCUGUAGGCCUUGCAGUGGGCAGUGGCUAGAGAUGGGGGGCAGGCACUGUCCUAGAUCUGUCAUUAUUUUGCUAUGUGACCUGGGGCCAAUCCAUUCUCUCUGGGUCUCUCUUGGUUUCUUCCUCUAUAAAAUGAAGUGCCUACUCCUGAAAACCCAUUGCCACAGAGCCAAUUCCAACCCAUAGUGACCCUAUAGGACAGAGUAGAAUAGCCCCCAUAGAGUUUCUAAGGCUGUAACCUUUACUCUUUCUCCUACAGAGUGGCUGGUGAUUUGAAGCGCCAACCUUUCGGUUAGCAGCUGAGUAUUUAACCACUGUGCUACCAGGACUCCUCUUUGCCUAGUCCUGAAACCAACCCAUUGUUGGCAAGUCGAUUCCAACUCAGCUGCCCUGCAGUCCUAGUCCAGUGGCUCUCAACUGUGGGUGUACAUCAGAAUCACCUAGAGGCUGUGUUAUAACAAGGGU